AUGGAGCUUGAAAUCGAACUGGGGAAGGAAAAUAUUGAAACAGAAUCUGCUUCACUCUUGUGUUCCCUCCAUGUUGGCACUGAAGCGUCUGGCAGGAAUCUGACGCUUCCCGUGCCAGGGGCUGCACACAGGACACAGAAAACAGGCGAGCAGCACCAGCGAGCGGCAGCAGAGUGGUUUCCAUGCCCACCCGCAGGGGCACCAGCGCCCCCUCUCUCCCUCACUGACCCGACUUACAAAAAAGAAGGCGGCUGGGACAGGGGACAGCUGGCCUCCGCCCCCAGCCCUNCUCUGCACCUAAGGGCUGCAGACUCAGCAGGCGGGCGCUGGCAUGCACCCUCCCAUCUCUAUCCAGUCUGCCCCAGACUGGAAGCUGAGCCCCUGGAGGCAGCAAAAGACACCGGGAGAGGGGCUGGAGAAGGCCAAAACAAGAGCAGGGGAAUCACAGUCAAGGUUGCGGAGCCACAAAAGACAGCAUGCAGACCACGGACCUGCCGCACGGAGAAGCCCUGUGGAUGGCAGGAGGCCAGGGAAGGAUAUGGAGAGGGGCCUGGAGGGAGGGGCGGCAGCACCCACGAAUCGAGGAGCGGGAACUUGGGCGUGCAACUGGUCCCCCCGGAACGUUGGGCUUCACCAUCAGAGGGUACUACCAAGGACUUUGAGGUAGGGGGUGCGGCGAAAGGACAGGACACAAAGGCUAAACACAGCUACACAGAAAACGGAAAGAAACCGUUCUGAGAACCAACCAGGAAGCUUAAAAACAAUCGAAACCCCGGAGCGACUUUGAAUUGAGAAAGCUGAAGAGGCAAAGAAAGACAAAUCCAGAUCGGAGAGUGAGGGAAGGGGAGAGUUAGAAGCCGAGGAAAGCAAACUGCACCAGGAACUAAAAGGAAAAAUAAAUCAAUAAAGGAAAAUUUCAAAAAUCAUGCCAGAGCGAACUUGUUCCUGAAACUGCCAACAGAGGGAGGAAAAAAGGGUGGGGGCACCGAACAUA